AUGGGAGAUAGUAGAACUAUUUUCUCGUGUUUUUCAUGUGUACGCUGUGAUGUAAGUAAAAGACUUGAUUUUCUGUAUAAGGUUCCAGUUCUACAUAUUAUUAUCUGAGAGUUUUAUCAUGUUAAAUCCCCAGUGUAGUCUAGGAUGGGGGAGAAAGAGAAUACAGAUGGGACCCUUUAUAUGAUUAUUAAUGGGGAACACUGGGGGGUUACACACAGAUCUAUCAUUUUAUUCUUUCCUCAAUAUUUAACCCUUUCAUGACUCAGUAUUUAAUGUCCCAAACACAGUGACAGCAUAUGGUUACUGUAUCAGUUUUCGUGGUAUGAACCCCUUGCCCUUUAUUCAUUUCAGUUACUGGUAUGUCAUGUGGAAGUAUUAUAGAGUUUUGUUAUUAGGAGGAUUACACAAACAUAUAUCCUGUAUAUGUAUAUAAUAAAUAUAUCAGGAAUGAAAGACAGCACUGAGACACAGGAACAGACACUCAGCACCAGAUCAAUAGAAGCGGGGUCAACCAUAGCAGACAGGACCCAGGGUGCCGACCCCAGAGUCCUCCCAUACCAUCCAGCACAUAGUAACUGGGUGCAAGGUGUUAGUAGGAACAGCACACACUGAGACACGAACACGUUGUGAGCCUUUUCUUCUGGCAAAGAGCAUAUGGGUUUCUGAUUCUUUUUAUUUCUGCCGUUUCAGGUCAGCGAAACACAAGUUAUCGAUGUUAUCGAGCAACGAGCAGGGGAACAUCCAGGUACAUUAAAACACUUUGCGUGUGUGCUAUUAUUAUUAUUAUUACCAUUUAUAUGAUGCCAAUAUAUUCUAUAGCGCUUUACAAUAUUAUGAGAGGGGGGAUUUAACCAUAAAUAAGACAAUUUCAAGAACAUUUACAGGAACAAUAGGUUGAAGAGGACCCUGCUCAAACGAGCUUACAGUCUAUAUAUAGGAUGUGGGGUAUAAAACACAUUAGGACAGGAAAUAGCAACCAAAUAAGGAGGGAGUGAAGCAGAGAGUAGAGUGCUGUCGUAUAUGAGAAUGCAAGAGAUAGGUAUGUAAGGUAGACCAAUCAGGAGAGGGUUACAAUAAUCCAUGCGGGAAAUUACUAGAGCAUGUCCAAGCUCCUUGGUAGCAUCUUACGUAAGAAAGGGGCGGAUGCGGGCUAUGUUUGUAAGAUGGAAUCUACAGGAUUUGGCAACACACUAUAUGUGAGAUUCAAAGGCGAGGCCAGAAUCAAGUAUGACACCAAGACAGCGUGCUUGCAAGGAUGGACUUAUGUGGAUACCACUAACACAUUUAAGUACAUAUGUAAAUGUGUAACCAUAUAUCAUAUCCAUAUCACAUAUCCGACUACACAUCAUUAAGGGACCACACCACACUUGAAAAAAACAGGAAAAGGUAAGAUACAGAGGGAAAGCAUCUAUGAUUCAUUUGUUAUUUCUUACAUUAUUUUUCAAUAAUGUUUGAGUGAAACCUUAUGAGAUGAGUUAUUCCACAAUGGGUGUCAAUUUCCUUUUUACCAUUAAUAUAAUAAAAUAUAGUAAUUUGUCUCCUAGCAACACCUGCUAUAAGCACAUUGGAGAAACGCAUUGAGGAGCUGGGCCACCGUUUUGUGAUCGAGCGUGCCGUGGCUGAAGGAGCCAAACGUGCCAUCAAGGCAUUAGAUCAUGGAAAGCCACUUGUUGAGGUCAGUUAUAAAGUUUAUUCUUUUAGCCAUUUUAUCCCAUGA